AUGUUUAACGUACUAAGACGUGCGGAGGUAUUUAAUCCAAAAAAAGGUUUUUUAAGGAACCGUCAUCGUUUCUUUACUAGUAUUUCAUUGAAGUUAGAUAAUAAGAAUGAGCACUCUGAUUAUACUGAAUUGAAUACAAUGUACACAGAUAUGUUUGAUAGUGAUAAAUUCAAGAAGGAGCCGGGUUUAAAUGAUAAAUCGGAGUUAGAAAUCCUGAAUGAAGAAACUGAGGAGUUGUUAACCGUGAAACACUCCAGUUUAAAUUCUACCGAAUUAGAAAAUUGUGUUAGAAAUGACGGUACAUUUGUUAUACGAAGUUCAUCCAAUAACCCUUAUUAUAAUUUGGCUUUGGAAGAUUAUAUUUUCAAGCAUACGCCAUUAAAGGCGACUCGCCCCAAUAACAGAUUGCUAUUUUAUAUUAACGACAAGUGUGCAGUUAUUGGUAAGAAUCAAAAUAUCUGGCAAGAAUUAUAUGUUUCAGAAGCCGAAAGAAAGGGUUUUGAAAUUUUGAGAAGAUUUUCAGGUGGUGGUACUGUUAUACAUGAUCUUGGUAAUGUGAACUAUUCAUUUAUAACUUCUAGAGAAAAAUUCUCCAGAAGCUUUUUCAAUGAAUGUAUCGUGAAAUGGCUAUUGGAAAGUAAUCAGGAUUUGUCAAUCUCUUUGAAUUCAAGGUCAGAUAUUUAUUUCGAUGGCAAGAAAUGCAGUGGAAGUGCAUUCAAGAUCGCCAAAGGAAAGGCAUAUCAUCAUGGUACGAUGUUAAUAAAUUCAAAACUGGACAGCUUCAAUGGCAUCUUGAGGCCGAAGAAUGAGAAAGAUAUUAUUUGGGAGACCAACAGUGUAGAUAGUAUGCGGGCAGAAAUAACUAAUCUUCCACUUGAAACACCUGAGCGGUUUAUUGACAUUUGUACAAACGGUUUCCAAAAAAGCUUCUCUGAUAAUGAAAUGAAUUGCCUACCAUUAUAUUAUUGUUCCGAGGACGUAACAAUAAAUGAGGAAAUUCAAAAAACUAUGCAUACCUUAAAGAGUGACCGUUUCAAAUACUUGCAUGGCCCGAAAUUCAAGUUGAAACUACCCCUCACUGGAGAUGAAUUUUCGGUAGAGAAUGGCGUUAUUGUUAACGCUUCUAGUCCCGAAUACAAAAACAUGCCAUUUCAAAACUUUGUAAAAUGCUCAAAUUUGAUGCAGCCUGUAUAUAACGGAAAGUUUUGA